AUGGAACGGUAUGGCAUCGGGUCCCAAAGGUCGGCACUAGCGGUCAAGACUGAGCUCCAGCUUUGGGAGCCCACCGAUGUCGAGCCGGUGCUGCGCCAACUGACCCUGCGAGGGCGCGACCAGAACCCAUGUGGGCCAGAGGUCAAUCAACAUCAAAUACAAGGUAUUAACCCUAAAGAUGAAUAUGUUAAGGCACCGCUCGACCUCGUCCGCCAGUCUGUUGGCAAGCAAGCUGCGCUCUGUGUCAACCGAGAUGGAAUGUUCAAUUUGAUGCCAUCCGGUUACUCGGUUAUGUCUCAUGUCUGGGAAGAGACCAUGGGGUGGAAAGGACCCGGAGGUCUCGAGAAGCUGGAUCUCAGCUUGAGGAAGAGGGGGGUACCCAAAGCACACUUCGUAAAGUUCUUUGAUCGCUGCGGCGCGACGUGGCUUUGGGUAGAUGUUAUUGCGAUGCCGGAAGUCCUCGAAGACAUGACCCCGACUGAAAAGACGGAGAUUGAAUCUCUCCGUGUCGAUAUCAUCAACAACUUGAGCUCGGUGUAUCGACGGGCGGAUAAGGUGGUCGUGCUAGACAGCCUGGCACUUCAACUGAACACCGGCAGUCCCAUUGACGUCGCUGUCAUCCUUUCCCUGGGCCGCUGGAUCAGGAGGAUGUGGACUGUGGCCGAGUCACGCCUAGGACAGAAAGUCUGGAUCAUAACAGCGAAUGGAGCAACAGAUUUGGAUGAAAUCAUUUCGCUCUUGGAAGAGGAGGUUAUGGGAUCCCGUCAUCACCGAUACAGCGGUUUGCUGAAGACUUUAUCGACCACACGUGGAACAUCUUCUCCCCCAGCCCAGUCGGGGCUACUUGAUCUGGUCGAGGCUUACAGAAACGUUCACACUGGGGACCCCAUCGAUAGAGUACGAGCCGCGUUUCCGCUGCUGGGACUCAGGUGGAGAUUCGGAUGGGGCCAGAAAGAGGGUAUGCUGCAUCUCAUCAAGCAGCUGCCCACAGAUUCGGCCUUCCUUAUCAGUCAUUACGGCGAACGAGGGAUCCCUGGCUGCUAUAACUCCAUCCCCUCUUCUUUGAACCAGUUAAGUGCACACCCUCAGACGAAGUCUUAA